AUGGAGACCGCUCUGCUUUUCACGCUCUUAGCUCUUCAUCAGGUUGCCGGGGACUGCAAAAAUUGUGUUAAGCUAGAUAAAGAGCAAGAAGCAAUGUUUCGCGCACAUUCUGAUGCUUGUUUAGCGGAAGUUGGUGAAGGGAGGGCGGAUCUAAUAGUCGAUCUGAAAGGCAUGAAGGGUGGGCCCGCUGCUCGUAGUUAUAUUUACUGCGUACUCCAACGUUGCAAGAUGGUCGGCAAAGAUGGGAAGAUGUUGAAGGCUGCUGUAAUAAGCAAACUUAUGCUGGGACGGAACUCAGCUAAGAAAGUCACCAAGGAGUUGGAGAGCUGUGUGGAGAAGACUGACGGGGAUAGACCAGAAGAUCACGCGUGGACUUUGUUCCGUUGUAGCUGGAACCAAAAAGGGAUACCUGGCGACUUCAUGCCGCAUCUGAUACCAGCUGAUGUCUAG